AACACCCCCCCAAGCUCCUGGCUCAAAACAGAGAUGGCGACUGUGACCAGGCUGCUGGGCCGGCGGGUGACCACUUGGAGACUGCGGCCAUCACCGUCUCCCCUCGCUGUCCCGCGGCGGUCCCACUCACUACUGCCUGUGGACGAUGAUGUCAACGGGUUAAGCGGGGAACAGAAGCAGCUUCGUCAGACUAUGUCAAAGUUCCUUCAGGAGCACCUGGCUCCCAAGGCCCAAGAGAUUGAUCAAAUCAACGAGUUCAAGAACCUGAGGGAGUUCUGGAAGCAGCUAGGGAGCCUGGGAGUCCUGGGCAUCACGGCCCCUGUUCAGUAUGGUGGCUCUGGCCUGGGCUACUUAGAACACGUGUUGGUGAUGGAAGAGAUAUCCCGGGUCUCUGGAGCAAUAGGGCUCAGCUAUGGCGCUCACUCCAACCUCUGUGUCAACCAGAUCGUUCGCAACGGGAAUGAGGCACAGAAAGAGAAAUACCUGCCUAAGCUCAUCAGUGGUGAGUUCAUCGGUGCCCUGGCCAUGAGUGAGCCCAAUGCUGGCUCUGAUGUUGUCUCCAUGAAGCUGAAAGCAGAAAAGAAAGGAGAUUACUACGUUCUGAACGGCAACAAGUUCUGGAUCACCAAUGGCCCUGAUGCUGAUGUCCUAGUUGUCUAUGCCAAGACAAACCUGACUGUCGUGCCAGCUUCUCGGGGCAUCACAGCCUUCCUGGUGGAGAAGGGUAUGCCUGGUUUUAGUACCUCCAAGAAGCUGGACAAGCUGGGCAUGCGGGGCUCCAACACCUGUGAGCUCAUCUUUGAAGACUGCAAGGUGCCUGCUGCUAACAUCCUGAGCCAAGAGAGUAAGGGUGUUUACGUACUGAUGAGCGGGCUGGACCUGGAGCGCCUGGUGCUGUCAGGCGGGCCCCUUGGGAUCAUGCAAGCUGUCCUGGACCACACCAUUCCCUAUUUGCAUGUGAGGGAAGCCUUUGGCCAGAAGAUUGGCCAAUUCCAGCUGAUGCAGGGAAAGAUGGCUGACAUGUACACCCGCCUCAUGGCGUGCCGACAGUACGUCUACAACGUGGCCAAGGCCUGCGAUGAGGGCCACGUCACUGCCAAGGACUGUGCCGGCGUCAUCCUGUACGCAGCCGAGUGCGCCACGCAGGUAGCCCUGGACGGCAUUCAGUGUUUAGGUGGGAAUGGUUACAUCAACGACUUCCCCAUGGGCCGAUUUCUUCGGGACGCCAAACUGUAUGAGAUUGGAGCUGGGACCAGCGAGGUGAGGCGGUUGGUCAUCGGCAGAGCUUUCAAUGCAGACUUCCGCUAGCCCCACGGCCCGUCGACCCCUGGUCCUAGCACCAAGAGGCCUUUCUUUGGAAGCAGAGGCAUGGCAGCCUUCUUACCUGUCUAAGGAAGCUCUACUGCUCAGCUGCCCUUCUCAUGCCAGCCUUCUGUUCCGUGUGAGGUUGGAUCCUCCAGCCAGCCAGUCAGAAGAGCCCAAAAAUGACUGCAAGAAGGACUUUGGCUUUUCUGGGGCUUGUGGGGAGAGCUUCAGAUGCCCUGCCUCUUUCAAUUUUCUUAUACAGAGUGGUCCCUUUUCUUUUUUUCUGAGACAGGGUUUCUCUGUGUAACCUUGGCUGUCCUGGACUUCACUUUGUAGACCAGGCUGGCCUUUAACUCAUUGGGAUCCUCCUGCCUCUGCCUUACCGAGUGCUGGGAUUGCAGGCAUGCACCACUGCGCCCAGCUUUAGUGGUCUCUUUUCUUGAGGAAAAGGCAGAAACCUGUCCCUGCUGGCUGUUUCCCCAAGGUCUAAACAGCUCCAGAAUGCCUGUGCGGCAGACCCAUGGAAGGGCAGAGUCCGAGGUCUAGCCAAGACAGUGUGCAGAGUGGCUCCUGCUGGCGUGCCUGAGUCUGUCUGCAUCACUCUGUCACAGGCCAGAACUGGGCCUUCUCAUGUGACCUUCUGCAGCUGACUGGGCAGCUGACAGGCUCCGUGGCCCGGCCUGGUUUGCCUGGCUCAGCUCCAGCCUCUCUGACUGUACAUUUCUCUAGACACCCUGAAGCUAAUUUUGUUACAACCGCCCAGUGGCUGCUGCCAUUUUGUAUUUAACAUACUGCAAAGUAAAGCCUUCUGUGCCCAAA